CAGCAACUGGAAGGGGUGGGGCCACAGCUGAGAAGGAGGCAGGGAAUGUAGUUAGGACCAAGAGUGCUAUAGAAACACCUGCCAGCCUCAUUCUGCUCUGAGUGUCUCUGCUGAGCCUGCUGGGUGCUUCCUCACUACUCUUCAAGCAGCUUCCUGGAUCUUCUAGUCAGCCUGGAUUGAAGACAAACUUCUGCGUGUCUGAUAGAAUCCAACUGCAAGCAAUACACUUCACUGCAUCCCUUUUGGAGCAAUAGUUACUCGUGGCCACACACCAGAGAAGUGAGUGAUGGAGCAAGCUCAUGCACAAAAUGGAUCAUGUCAGCCUUACUGAGAAGUUUAUGAAGCAGCACUGUCAGCCCCACUGCUGGUGUAAAUCACGGAGGCAUCUGGACAGAUAUAAAUUCCCUGGCAGCGGUGAACUGGGGAAAGAGGAAGCUCGCGCAAACGUAUUGGUGACGACGGAGCAUCUCCUGGCUGGCCGAAAGCAGGAGCAACGUUUCAGUGUCUGUUAAAUGAUGACCAGGGUGUCUGUGUGGAAAGACAACGAAAUUGGAUGUGAAGAUUCAGUCAUGGGUGCCGGUCACAGGGAUGACAAGAAUAAUUUAGGACCUGAACAGCUCACCUCUCUUGGCCAUCAUAAGUUCCCAUCUGCCUUGACACACAGUCCCAAGGAAAUCUGGAAGAAAGGGGGCCGUGUCUUCUCUGUUCUUCUCGCUAUCAAUUUGGUGCUGCUGUCCUGUACCUUGGUCAGUGGUGGGGCUUUCCAUGAAAUAAAACUGCAUGACUAUGAUGUCUUUUUCAUGCUCACCAUUGUGAUGCUGAUAGCCAUUAUCUGGAUGCUCUUCUACCUCAUUAACACCUCCCGACACCGAGAUGCUAUCCUCUGCAAGGAUUCACAUGCGGGACCGAUCUGGCUAAGAGGAGGUUUGGUCUUGUUUGCAGUUCUCACCCUGGUGAUGGAUGUUUUCAAGACAGGAUAUUAUUCCAGCUUCUCUCAGUGUCUGACAGCCAUCAAAAUAACCUAUCCGAUUGUUCAGGCUGUGUUUGUGAUCGUCCAGACUUACUUUCUCUGGGUUUCUGCCAAAGACUGUGUACAUGUGCAUCUAGAUGUUACCAGAUGUGGCUUGAUGGUCACCUUGACCACCAAUUUAGCAGUGUGGAUGUCGGCAGUAACAGAUGAGUCAGUGCAUAAAGCACAAAUAAAGCAUCCAAAUGGCACACACAAAAUGUUUGGGAUAAGGAGCAGCCCCUCAGAGAGCUGUAGAUGUGAUGGAAAGCUCUGCAAUGUCUUCCAUGAUGGCUACUUUUGGAUGUAUCCCUUCAAUAUUGAGUACAGCCUCUUUGCUUCUGCCAUGGUCUAUGUUAUGUGGAAGAAUGUUGGCCGCCUCAUAGACCACCAUACCAACCCUAUGCAUCACCUGACAUUCAGGCUAUUCAAAAAGUCUUUCUUUGUAGGCGCCAUCCUGGGGUUCUUGGUGCUGGUGACUGGGAUAGGGGUCCUGAUUGUAUAUGAAAUUCAGGUAAAUAAAGCUAACCCAGUUGAAAAAAAGGAGCAGGCACUCAUGAUGUAUUACAUCUUCAACAUUGUUUGCCUGGGCCUGACUUCCAUUGCCUCCAUUGGGGGCUCCAUAGUUUACAGGUUUGACAAGAGAGACAUGGACCGUCACAAGAACCCAACUAGAACUUUGGAUGUAGCUCUAUUGAUGGGCGCAGCCUUGGGACAAUAUGCUAUUUCUUAUUACUCUAUUGUGGCCAUAGUGGCCAGCAUGUCAAGGGAUACUAUCAGCGCCCUUAACUUGACCUGUUCCUUGCUGAUGAUAGCCCAGCACACUUUCCAGAACAUCUUUAUAAUAGAAGGCCUUCAUCGGCAGCCCCCGGAAGAAGAAAACAAAAUUGACCCUCAGCAGAAGGAUCUCUAUGGACUCACUUUUGUCAACAUGAAUGCCGCGUCCCUUCGUGUCCCUGACAGUGGAAGUGCCUUGUCAUCCACCACACCUCCAGCCUUAGCAAUUCAAGCACCUUCUGAAGCAAUACAGUCCAUAAAAGUUUCCAAGAAGGUGAGCUGGAGGAGAAGAUUCUUGAAAGAGGUCUCAUCGUUCCUGCUGCUGUGUAAUGUAAUUCUCUGGAUCAUGCCAGCGUUUGGAGCCCGACCACAGUUUGACAACGAGCGGGAGCUCAACUUCUAUGGCUACUCAAUGUGGGCUGCUAUUGUGGACAUCUGCCUGCCUUUUGGCAUUUUCUACAGGAUGCAUGCAGUGGCCAGCCUCCUGGAGGUCUACAUUAUGUCUUAACAGGAAGAUGAAGAAUUUACUGUGUGAACCCACAUUUCUCACAUCUCCCAGGACAGAAAGCCUGACUACACUGAGGGGGAUUUGAGGUUUACUGGGGGGCUGGGCGGCGGGGGGGGCGGGGUAUCAGGCCCUAGUGAUUAGUGAGCAUUACUCUGGAAUACUCAUGACAAAAAGAAAAAGGAAAGAUUAUUUUGGGGCGGUUGUUGCUUAGUUGUUUCUGUAUUUUUGUUCCAUUCCAAUGAUCUGUUUUUUUCAUCUGUCUAAUGAGAGGUCUUGAAUUCCAGUGAGGGGUUUUUUUUGAAAAUGUUGGUGUGAACACUGCCUAAUUCUUUAUCGCUUUAAGGGUCCCUUUGACUUCAGUCAAACAGUCUGGGGUAGUUAAUCCAGCCUGAAAGACGAACUGAGUAAAUGUUGGAGGCCACUGAAACAAUGCUGAAAUCGAUUAUUCCACUGUAGUCUGGAUGAUUUCACAUGUUCCUGUUCUGUUUGUUUAACUCUUCACCUAAUGAAGAUCAGAAUCCAGUAAUUCACAAAAGUCUCAGGAGUAUGAUCUUCUCGAGUCUACAUGUGAUAAAUAUAAACUUGAAGUCUCACAGAUUUCAGUAGAAUUCAGUUCCUGAAUCGGGGCCCGUAGACUGUGAAAGCCAAUAGAUAAUUGUUAUUAAAAGGGUAUUAAGAUAUAUAUUUUAGAAGUAGCUUGAUAAUUUUUAAGAAUCCUGUUUUUUAUAAAAAUUAUUUAUUGAUUUUCAUUUUGACAAUAAAAAAAACUACUCCCAGGAUCAUAAUGCAGACAUUAAUGAACUCAGCACAAUGUUCAAACUGCAGCUUGAAACUGAGUACUUCCCUCAUGUGAGGGCAUUUAUACCUCAGAAGUUAUGUGGGGACAGCUUUCUCCUCAACCCUUCAAAUAACCAUUGAAGGAUCUCUUUAUAACUGUGUGAGGUUCUGCAAAUGCAUUAUUUUCUCUGGUCUAACUAUAGAGUUAGCUCCACCGGAUAACCAAAACAAGGUUCUUCUCAAAGGUUCAGUGUUUGUUCCUUUAAGACAUCUGUAGUCUUUUGGGCCGGUUCAUUUAGGUGAUUUUUGGAUAACUGUCAACCUGUAGGUAGUUAAGCUAGAAACCUGUGCAGCUGUAGUUAAAUUUAUGCUAUGACAAGAUUUAAAUCGAGUUCUGUAGUUGGAAACUACAGCUGCAAAAUUAAGAUGGAAGAUUUAAAAAAAAAUGGGUGGAAUAAUCCAGUUCCACUCAAAAAAAAAAAAGUUUUGUGAUUCCAGAGUUCCCAGGUGUCUGCCAAAUUUCUGCUACCUGUUCCAGUACCAAUUUUGAAGGCUCCAGUUCCAGCAAUGAACACAGCAAAAUCUGAAUGGUUCUUUCACUAUAUAGUGGAUUCAGAGGCUUCACAGUAAGCAUCUGUGCAUGCAUGGCAGAAUGGCAAUAUUUGAAUGAUGUCAAUGUAGGAAGUCUCUGCCAUGCAGAGUAAAAGGGCUAAUCUUGGUGAACCCUCCCAAACAUAUGCUGAGACUUACUGGAUUCCACUGUUCCUAGGGCAUUCUGUGACCAGAACCACAAAUAGAUUGCCAACUCCAUUCUGGGGUGAUCCUCUAAUGGCAUCUCCAGUGGAGAGAAACUAAGUGUCUAAAAAUCUGGGAGAGCUUGGCAAGGGCUGUGUUUGAAUUAUUCAAAGAACUGGCUGAAAUGCUACAGGCUGUGUUACGUAAGAAGCGAGUCCAUCUUACUGGAUGUUUUUCUUAUGAAAUUGUAUAUUGUAUAUACAAUGGAAAGAAAUUUUCUGUUAUUUAGAAAAUUCCAAGAGUGGGAGGACAAUAAGAUUGCAAAACUGUUUUCCAUGGUAUCUUGUUUAUUGCAAAUGAAAGAAUUAAACAAAAUCAUGGCACUUCA